UUAGUAAGGAGUAAUUUAGUAAGUAAAUUUAUAUGCGUUAUUUUAGUUAUACAGGGUGUAUCCUAAAAAGUGGGAAGUAUUGCAAUGGUGGAUUCAGGAUACAAAAAUAAGAGAAAAAGUUCAUAUAAACAUAUGUCCGAUAUGAUCUUGUUUUCAAGUUAUAGCUUCUUUUAUUUCUCAACAGAAAUUAAAAUAGUUAAGGUAACAGAAAGUGCUCAAAAUGACUACCUCUGACUUGAAUACAAGCUUCAAUCAUGUCUCAUGAACACGUCUCAUCAUAGAUUGUCUGACUUUUUCAAAAAUUCGGAUAUUGCUCGAAUUUCCCGGCAACCACGAAGUAUCUCGACGUUGUCAAUGGAUGUUUUGCAUAAUUCUUUGUAUGAAUUUUUUCUCUUAUUUUUAUGUCCACCAUUGCAAUACUUUUCACUUUUUAGGGCAUUCGAUAUUUUCAUUCCUCUAAUUUUGUGGGCAUUGAAACUGUUAGAUUAUUAAACUAUUAGAAACCGGUCUCUAUUUUAAUAAUCCGUGUAUCGAAUUCGCUUGUUUAUAAUCAGAUUAUCAGGAGAUGAUUAGAUUAGCGCGUAAUAUAUGCGGAUGUACAAAGCUUAUACGCUAGCCAAUAUUAUACAUGCUGUGCGUAUUGUAACGAUCUGAUAUGAAAAUAUGCGAGCGCGACUUAUGCAGCUCACGCAACGAAAGAACACGCAGAAUAGAGUCGGUAAACAAGGAUGAACUCCAUCAAUGGAAUCAAUAAACUCGUCCUAGUCGUAUUGCACUCCGAUGGAACGAGAAAUAGAAAGGAAAUAGGACGCGGCCGAUCAACCGGGGAAACAAGAGGGGAAGGGUUGGGUUAUCAGGGUGGGAGGAGAUAGUGAAUGAGAGAAGAGGGGUGGGAAGAAGGGACGGGGGUAUGAAUAGAGGGUGCGGAUACGUGGGCGUGUAUGUUGGUUAAACAAUAUAAUUUAUUUCCAAGAAGAAGGAAAAUAGAAUGAUAAAAGAGAGAAUGAAAUAAAAUUAUGAAGCAUGAUUCGAUGACAAUGAUAGGGAGACAAAAGCGAAUAGAUAAAAUUGGGAAAACGGGGGAAAAUAUGCGCGCGUGCGUGGGCGUUCGAGGGAGAACGGAGGGAGAGAAUAAGGGAGGCAGCGAGAGAGAGAGAGAGAGAGAGAGAUGCGCACGCCGCGGGGAGAGACGCGAGGCGGGAAACUGAAGAAGGGGUAGAGAAGAUAGGCCGGAACUCUUUAGACGUCCACGGACCUGCCCGCGAGCCUCGUUCCUUCCCUUUAAGUUUCUCGCACGUUUUUUUCGCGCUAUCAUUUCUCCCGUUAGUUAGAAUCACCUUCUCCGCACGGAGGAUCGUUUCUAGGAUGGCCCACCCUGCGUCCGACGAUGUCAACGAGAAGAGCUACAUCCUGGACGCGAGGAAGAACUUCGAGGACGGCGGCAGCCUCGCAUCGGAGGAAUCCUACGAUGACAUGAGGCGAUUAGUCGGGGAGGAAGAGGAAGAGGAAUCCGGGAAAUUUAGUAGCCUGCCACUCGCGAGCUUCAACUUCAUCAAUUCCAUCAUCGGCAGCGGCGUGAUCGGAAUACCGUAUGCUCUGCACCAAGCUGGCUUCGGUCUCGGAAUCGUUCUGUUAAUUUUGGUAGCAGUCUUGACCGAUUACUCGUUGAUCCUUAUGGUGCGAAGCGGACACAUCUGCGGCGAGAUGAGUUACCAGGGUUUAAUGCGAGCAAGCUUCGGCCGCGCUGGAUUUUACAUUCUCACGGCGUUGCAGUUCAUGUACCCGUUCAUAGCAAUGGUCUCUUACAACGUCGUCGUCGGUGAUACAGUGACGAAAGUUCUGAUAAGAGUAACGGGAAUAAACGAGACGAGUAUCCUCGCGCAUCGACAGAUUGUCAUUCUUCUGGCGACACUCGGCAUCACUAUCCCACUUUGUCUUUACAGAAACGUCGCGCGACUAGCGAAAAUCUCUUUCCUCUCUCUGGUCUGCGUCGGAUUCAUCCUCCUCGCCAUCUUCAUUCGGAUGGACACCAUGUCCGCUAUGGUUCCGAGUCAGAGCGACAGUUGGAGAUUCGCCAAUUUUCCGGGGGUCGUUCCGUCCAUCGGUAUAAUGGCGUUUGCCUUCAUGUGCCAUCACAAUACCUUCCUAAUUUACGGCUCGAUUGAACGAGCGACCCAACAAAAAUGGGAUGUGGUGACGCACUGGUCCCUCUUUACGUCCUUCCUCAUCGCCGCGACCUUUGGAAUCGUCGGCUAUGCCACUUUCACGUCGUAUGUACAGGGUGAUCUCAUGGAAAACUAUUGCUGGGAUGACGAUCUGAUGAAUUUUGCCAGAGUCAUGUUCAGCGGUACCAUACUACUCACUUUUCCGAUCGAGUGCUUCGUUACGCGUGAGGUGCUCCUGACGGCGAUCAAGGGCACAGACGAAUUGGAGGGGCACGAGGCAUACGUGCCCAAUUCGGACCGCAAGUACCUGAUAAUUACUUUGACGAUAGUAUCCGCAGCGUACCUGAUUUCCAUGUUGACGGAUUGCCUGGGUGUCGUUCUCGAGCUGAAUGGUAUCCUCGCUGCGGUACCGCUCGCCUACGUUCUGCCCGGUCUCUGCUACCUCAAGCUCGAGGAGGGGCCCAUCCUCUCACCCAAAAAGCUACCGGCGCUCGGUCUGAUGACUGCUGGCAUCCUAGCUGCUGUCUCGGGUCUCUUGCUGCUCAUAAUCAACAGCAGUUCCGCUGGCAGUUGCUUUCACGGCAAGAUAAUGCCGUACUGCAUCAACAAUACGACGAUGCUGCAGCAUCAGCAAUACGUCGAUGCGACCACGAUGUCCGCCAAUGUCAACACGCAGCUCGCAGUCUAAGUUUAACGGAUGGGCACGGUGAAAAAAAUCCAGUUUAGUCGUAAGUCUGCCAAAUUUUCGAAUGAAAGUAUAUAGUGCGAUUAAGUUUGUGCGUACAAAUAUGCGUAGAAAUAAUUCGAAUCGCCAGGAUGCAAUCAAUAAUUAUUCGUUAUACGGAUAUCAAAUAAGAUGAAGGAUGGAAUGGAAACGCGAGAUUUUAUACCAAGCUCGCAGGAAGAAGAGUCGAAAGACCAGGGUCGAAACAAGACUUUGUCUAUGAAUAAAUAUACCGUUUCAACUUUUAUCAUACAUUACACGAAAGAUAAAACUGUGCAAAUCAUUGCGAUUGCGCAGUUUCCUGAUUGACAAAUCUUACGGAGACAUUUUAUGAUGCGCUUAAUCUUAAUAAAACAAGCUUCGGUAUCUUUAGAUUUUAGGAUACAAAUUUACAAAAAAGGGGACACAAAUUUUGCAAAAAAAAGAAGAGACUUUACCAUUUACGUUAAUGGAUUAUCUGAGUAUUUAAUUUGUUUUCUUCACGAUUCUCAUUUUUGCGAAUAUUGUGAGAUUAGAAAAAAUCAUCUCGAAUAUAGCGUACUCGCAAUACAAAAUCAAUGCAAUACAGGAUUCGCCUUACAAGACGAGGGAUCCAAAAAUUGGCAAUAGAUGAUCGUCCUUUAUGCCAUUCAAUAAAAUAUAGAUAGUUCUUUGAAUGUUCAUCGUACGCAAAUUUAUCGAAUUAUGGAGAAAAGGAACCAUAAUUUUGUCACAUUUACAUAGUUGCGGGCACACAAUGAGCUUAACACGUUCGCGAGUAAAAGACACAGUAAAGAUUAAUUUUUCGUGGCGCAUAUUAUUAUUAGGCAGACAGAAUUUUAACGUACCAAUCGCGAUGAAUUCGAAUUCGAAUUUCCGAUAUUGAUAUUUAUUCAUUAUUAUCGAUAGGACAUUAUUCGUUAUAGAUUGCGAAAAAUAGGACCUUUUAUCUAGUUCUAAUAAAAUUCCAAAAAAGAAUCUUCGUGAUUACAUAAUGCGCGAAUCUUAAAUAUAAUAAUUAUCGUGAUUAGAUAAUUGUGAUUAGGUGACUAACGUAUAUAUAGAAAGAACGCGUAAGCUAAAAAUCUCAUUAUAUUUUUCAAAGAAUGUUGAACAGAUAAACGGUUUAUAAACGAGGAUAUAUAUGUAUAUGUAUAUACAUUACACACAUAUACACACAUACACAUUAUAUUUGUAUUUUCUCUUGAUAAGGGACUAAUAUAUUGAAUGUUAAAAAAAAUUAAGAGA